ACACAUCAGGAGAGAGGGUGAGAGGCAGUGGGAGAGAGAGAAAGAGGGAGGGAGGGAGAGAGAGAAAUAGCGUGUGAGAGAGAGACAGAGAAGAAGAGAGGGAGAAAGAGGGACACGAGACAGAGAUCAGACAGUGAGGCGGACUUUUCCAGGGAGCUUAGGUCCUGGCAGUGGAAGGAUUACAAGGACAGAGCUGAUCAGUAUUGGACAUUGACAAGCCUAGUACAGCUGCCCGCAUGGGACACAGGACUACAACCAGAACAACAACCUAACCCACCAGUUCUAUAAUGGGUUAUUAUCGGAGCACUCCCCCAUGUUCAUGUAACUGUACUGCGUUUGAAUGAGCCUGUUGAUGGAUUGUUGGGCUCUGGAUCUCUGGAGUGACGUGUUGGGAGCGAGGAUCUUGUUGCGCUUCCAUAACCUGAAGGAGAAGUGAAUGACAAGACCCUUUGUGACUGAGUUGGACUUUUCAGUUAAAACACAAGGGUAAUGUUAUAUCUGGCCACCGUCAAUCUCGAUAUGUGAUUAUUGAUACAAGCAUCUGUAAGAAACUAGACAGAUCACUUGGGUCAACAUUAAAUUAUUACCGUUAGAGAAGCAAAGAAGUUACAAGAUUUGAUGUUAUUUGAGAAUCCAAAAUGGCUAAACUGUUGACAGGGAAGAUGAAAUCAGCACUGCUCAGGGCUCUGACUGCGUUGUAAGUUGAACACCAUUGUGGCCGACUGUAACCUGAUCUCCAACACACUGCAGUAAUUACAAGGUGCAUGCAGGGAAACAUAGAGAGAGAUUUGUAAUUAGACCGGUCCAUAAAAAGAGCCAGGCAAAGGGCGAGGUCCCCACACAGAGAGAGAGAAAGGGGGAGAGUCAGGCCAAGGACACCCAACUUGAAGGGCGGGAGGGGGGCUGCCUGGAGGCAUAGGAAGGAGACCAACUGGAGGCAUAGGAAGGAGACCAACUGGAGGCAUAGGAAGGAGACCAACUGGAGGCAUAGGAAGGAGGCCAACUGGAGGCAUAGGAAGGAGGCCAACUGGAGGCAUAGGAAGGAGACCAACUGGAGGCAUAGGAAGGAGAUCAACUGGAGGCAUAGGAAGGAGACCAACUGGAGGCAUAGGAAGGAGACCAACUGGAGGCAUAGGAAGGAGACUGCCUGGGGGCAAAGGAAAGAGGCUGCCUGGGGGCAUUGUUGAGUGUAAGUGACACCCAGACGCCCAAGGGGGGCAACGACACCUAACCUGAAGGGAAGGAGGCUGCCUGGAGUCACCAUUGGGAAGAAGAUACACCCAGACAGCUUUUGGCAAUUAGGGGACAGGAGGUGUGACCAUGGACCCCCAAGGCGGACACUACCUGAACAAGGCGGCGGUGCUGUCUCCUCUAGGAGGGGCCCGUAUGCUCCAGCUCCUCCUGGGCUGCACCAUCAUAGCCCUGGUGGCCCACAGCGCCGGAUACAACCACGCCUAUGGUAUCUACUGCAUGUUUGUGUGGUGCUUCUGCUUUGCCAUGACCCUGCUGGUGUUCACCAUGGAUGUGACACGCCUCCCCUGCUGCAUGCCCAUUUCCUGGGACAACCUCACUGUGGCGUUCGCCAUGCUCGCCACACUCAUGUAUGUCGCCGCCUCCGUCGUCUACCCCGUCUACUUUCUGCGCUCUCAGUGCUCCAAGUCCGACGGGGGCUGCGAGGUGCGCAACUACCGCAUCGCUGUCACCGUGUGCUCCAGUUUCUGCUGCUUCGCCUACGCGGCUGAGGUGUUCCUGACCCGGGCCAAACCCGGCCAUGUGGUGGGCUACAUGGCCACCAUGUCAGGCCUGCUCAAGGUGGUCCAGGCCUUCGUGGCCUGCAUUAUAUUCGGGGCCCUGGCCAACGGCAGCGAGUACAACCGCCACAUCCCCACUCAUUACUGCGUGGUGGUCUACAGCCUGUGCUUCUCCAUCACCGUGGUCGUGAUCGCUGUGACCGUGUCAGGAAAAGCCUCGGCUCUGCCCCUGCGUUUCCCCUUCGACCGCUUCGUGAUCAUCUACACGUUCCUGGCGACGCUGCUGUACCUGAGCGCCGCCCUGGUGUGGCCCAUCUUUAGCUUCGACAGGAAGUAUGGCACGCCGGGUCGCCCCGACGGCUGUCCCUGGGAGAACUGUCCCUGGGACAGCAAGCUGGUGGUGGCGGUGUUCACGCAUGUCAACAUGGUGCUGUACUUCAGCGACCUAAUCUACUCCCAGAGGAUCCGCUUUGUCUCCCACUCUGCUGCUUGAGGACCCCUCCACCCUCCUCCCUCCACGAUGAUGCCUGAGGACCCCUCCUCACUCCUCCCUCCACGCUGAUGACUGAGGACCCCUCCUCACUCCUCCCUCCACGCUGAUGCCUGAGGACCCCUCCUCACUCCUCCCUCCACGCUGAUGCCUGAGGACCCUUCCCACCUUCCUCGCUCCACUCCGCUGCUUGAGGACCCCUCCACCCUCCUCUCUCCACUCUGCUGCCUGAGGACCCCUCCACCCUCCUCCCUCCACGCUGAUGCCUGAGGACCCCUCCUCACUCCUGGGGACCCCUCUAUCCUCCUCAGUCCUGGGGACCCCUCUACCCUCCUCAGUCCUGGGGACCCCUCUACCCUCCUCACUCCUGGGGUGAAUCUAAAAAAAAAUUCCCCUCGGUUCCUCAUUGGACGAGGUAAGGGAGGAUAGCAUUGGAGAAGACAAGAGGAGAUACGAUAUUUGAAUGGACUUCUGCCUCGCUCUGACGUUGUGAGGAGGCGUGGAGAGGGGAUACGAGGAAUAGAGGGUAUAGACUUUUGAGUUGCACCCCUGGCCCUCAGAGACAUACAGAGACCACACUGGAAAUGACACACAGCAUCUCCACUCAAGUGCCUCUGAAUGCCCCAUGCCUACUAUAGAUUACAUAUCGCCUCAAUGAUGUUAUGGCUUUGUGCCUUGAUGUGCCUUUCUUAACAUUAGUGUUAUGUCUUUCUUAACAUCAGUGUUGUCAUUCUUAACAUCAGUGUUAUGUCUUUCUUAACAUCAGUGUUGUCUUUCUUAACAUCAGUGUUAUGUCUUUCUUAACAUCAGUGUUGUCUUUCUUAACAUCAGUGUUAUGUCUUUCUUAACAUCAGUGUUAUGUCAUUCUUAACAUCAGUGUUAUGUCUUUCUGAACAUCAGUGUUAUGUCUUUCUUAACAUCAGUGUUAUGUCUUUCUUAACAUCAGUGUUGUGUCUUUCUUAACAUCAGUGUUAUGUCUUUCUUAACAUCAGUGUUAUGUCUUUCUUAACAUCAGUGUUAUGUCUUUCUUAACAUCAGUGCUGUCUUUCUAAACAUCAGUGAUAUGUAUUUCUUAACAUCAGUGUUGUGUCUUUCUUAACAUCAGUGUUGUGUCUUUCUUAACAUCAGUGUUAUGUCUUUCUUAACAUCAGUGUUAUGUCUUUCUUAACAUCAGUGUUAUGUCUUUCUUAACAUCAGUGUUAUGUCUUUUUUAACAUCAGUGUUAUGUCUUUCUUAACAUCAGUGCUGUCUUUCUAAACAUCAGUGCUAUGUAUUUCUUAACAUCAGUGUUGUGUCUUUCUUAACAUCAGUGUUAUGUCUUUCUUAACAUCAGUGUUAUGUCUUUCUUAACAUCAGUGUUAUGUCUUUCUUAACAUCAGUGUUAUGUCUUUUUUAACAUCAGUGUUAUGUCUUUCUUAACAUCAGUGUUGUGUCAUUCUUAACAUCAGUGUUAUGUCUUUCUUAACAUCAGUGUUAUGUCUUUCUUAACAUCAGUGUUGUGUCUUUCUUAACAUCAGUGUUAUGUCUUAACAUCAGUGUUGUCUUUCUUAACAUCAGUGUUAUGUAUUUCUUAACAUCAGUGUUGUGUCAUUCUUAACAUCAGUGUUGUGUCUUUCUUAACAGUGUUAUGUCUUUCUUAACAUCAGUGUUGUGUGUUUCUUAACAUCAGUGUUGUGUCAUUCUUAACAUCAGUGCUGUCUUUCUUAACAUCAGUGUUGUCUCAAAUCAAAUCAAAUCAAAUCAAAUAUUUCUUAAGUCUUUCUUAACAUCAGUGUUAUGUCUUUCUUAACAUCAGUGUUGUCAUUCUUAACAUCAGUGUUGUGUGUUUCUUAACAUCAGUGUUGUCUUUCUUAACAUCAGUGCUGUCUUUCUUAACAUCAGUGUUGUAUUUCUUAACAUCAGUGUUAUGUCUUUCUUAACAUCAGUGUUGUGUGUUUCUUAACAUCAGUGUUGUGUCAUUCUUAACAUCAGUGCUGUCUUUCUUAACAUCAGUGUUGUCUUUCUUAACAUCAGUGUUAUGUCUUUCUUAACAUCAGUGUUGUCAUUCUUAACAUCAGUGUUGUGUGUUUCUUAACAUCAGUGUUAUGUCUUUCUUAACAUCAGUGCUGUCUUUCUUAACAUCAGUGUUGUCUUUCUUAACAUCAGUGCUGUCUUUCUUAACAUCAGUGUUGUAU